UCCAAUUUCUGAAACCUACUUUCGCUUUGUUUUUCUUUGAAUAGAGUACAAAGUCUUGCCAGGUCGAAGUCGAUGAUAACGAUAGUAUUCUAUGUCUCAUCAUAAGCGUGUUUAUGUAGUGUUUAACAUAUGGUUUUGAAUUAACAAACUAAACUUUUGUGGAUAGUUUGGACUUUCGUAAGGUAAAAUUCAAUCUUUUAAAAAUCAAUAUAAAAGACGAAAGCAGUCGUUAAUUCAGACAUGAACGCAGAUAUGAAUGUUACUGGCGGAUGUAGCUUUUGCGGCCAAUGGUCCACAAAUUUACUGAGAUGUAGUCGAUGUAAGGAGGUGUACUACUGCUCCAGGGACUGUCAGAGAGGACACUGGAGAGAGGGGCACAGAGAACAGUGCAAGGAAGAAACCACAUACUCUGAAUUUACCUCAACCGAUGCUGUGUGCGGGUUCUGCAGUAUGAAAACAAACCAACUAAAAAGGUGUAGCGGGUGUAAGGAUGUCUCUUAUUGCUCUAAGGAGUGUCAGAAACAAGAUUGGAGUCGGGGACACAAAAAUAACUGUGAAAUGAUUGCAAACAAAGAAAGGCCUUCCUUUCAAGUGGUGUCUACGGAAGACAACUCUAGCAAAGAUGAAACGACCCCAGUCAUCACAGAUUUGGAAAGGUGUUCAAAAUGUAAAAUUGGUGGCGAAUUGAAACUUUGCCAGAGAUGUAAAAAACAGAAAUAUUGUUCUGUCGAGUGUCAGAAAGCGGACUGGAAAAAUCAUAAAGUUAGUUGUUUAAAAAAGGGACAAGGGAACAGUAUGAGAGAAAAUGAAAGAAGGGCCGGGGAUUUGUUACCUAUAUGUGCUUAUUGCAGAAAUAAGAAGACAUCUCUCACUUGCUCGGUCUGUAAAUCUGUGUAUUAUUGUUCCGAGCCUUGUAAGAAACUAGACCUGGUCUGGCACAAAACAUUUUGUAGAUCAAAUAAAAUCCCACCAAAAAUUAGGGAGACACUUAACAGCGCACAAUGCUCCAUUCUUGGUCUUGUCACACCUGAGGAACACCAAGGAAAUAACCCAAACGACGGGAAUCAACACGCUACAGCGGAACAGAUGCGUCUUUUUCAACGUGCUUAUUGUCGUCAGUGUCAUAAGAAGUCGAUUGAGAUACCUUGUCCUUACUGCAAGACAGUUAUGUAUUGUUCAAUAGAUUGCCGGGAUAUUCAUAAAACAGUCCAUCAAAAAUCCUGCACUUUUUUGCAGGGACAGUCACAACAAGAAAGUACAUCUGGAAAACCGGAAAACUCAUCUUCUUUUAGUACGUUUGAAACUUUUGUAGAAUACUCACCAUUCCAUGCCAUAAUGCCCCAUGGAAGAAGCCCGUGUUAUAUUGAAGAUGGUGCAAAUCUAGGUUUGAUAAUAGAACGAUCAGAGCAAUCACGUCUUGCAGCUAUGAUGAAAACCAGUCACAAGUUUCCAAACCACACUCUUAUAAUCCGCAUCAGGGAAAUACCUGUGGAGGAAAAGUCUCUAUUUGCUUCAAACAUAUGUACGCAACCAUUAGUUUUUCUUUCCUACAUCAGAAGGUUUCACAAGUACAGAGGACGCCAUAAUGUUUAUUUACAGGAUUCGGAACGGCGAGAGAUAUACGCCAGUUUCUACCUCCCAAAUGAUGACCCUUCACCACACUUCCGGUGGAGUGACGUAGUUCCUGGGAAGUUCAUCGCCAUUUUGUUACCUUGCAUACAUUUCUUCAAUGACGAGACAGUUGGUUUACGAGUGGACAAAGCCAGUUAUGUAUACUGCUUUGAUGUAAAGGACUAAAGCCGAGUUUUUUCUCUUGCAAGAUAUCAGAAAUUGUAAAACUGUGGAAAAUGAUGUUUCCGAUUAGUAAUGCUUUAAAUUUAUAUUGUAAAUACGUGUUGUUAAUGUGUGUGAGACGGUUUUGGAUUCAAUUGUAGCUUGAAUAAUUCGAUGCGUAGUUAUGAUAUGGUAAAAACCUACAGGACUGUUAACCUCACAGUCUGUCCAACCUCAUUUUAUUUUUUAAUUAUGUUGGUAUUGCUUGAAUAAUUAUACUGCUUCUACAUAAAUUUUUUAAAAGCUUUUUUCUGUCCUUCUCUCUGUCAACGGAUUAUUCUUCUUUUGUGACAAUACAAUCUUCUUUUUGAAAAAUCUGAAUAAAACCUAUAGUUUGUUCACUCUCUGCAAACAAAUUACAUGUAGUUACUUUUUAACCUGAUAUACAUACCAAUAAAUACUUUUCUAAUAUGUAUUAUUAUUGAUCUUAACAAUGAACAAUAUCAAUUACAUGAAAAUAUUUUUCGGUCAUUGUCGUCCAUCAUAUCAGCAUAAAAGCUAAUGAUGUGGUUUCAUUAUUGGUAAUAUUUUACAGAACAGACAGAACAAUCUGAAAAAUAUACGCUAUCAUAUAAUACUCUUGGGUCGAGACAGCAGACACGCACAUGUUUGCUACACAUAUCUCUCAAUAUUAUAUACAGAGAACAUUUUUAUUGUUCAAUAUAUAUCUGAUAUUUUAAACCUAAUCUAUUAACUUUACUGUCCACAUGCAUAUAUUACCAGUUUUUCAUCUCACAUCACUUACGACGAACUUUUUGUUUGUUUCUUGAAUUCUGACGAUAACUUUACACAAUUUAAUGGCAUUCAAAUUUCCGUGUUUCGGUUUUGAAAAUGUUUGUAUGAAUUCUAUUAUUGUUUCCUUCAUUUACAAUGUCAGUUAUAAUAAAGUUUAAUUUUCUUCC